AUGGAGUUUAAAGAGAAACAGGAAUCAGAUAGUCCAGUAAGCUCAUCGUUUUCUACCACUACAAUAUCACACCCACAGAAGAAUCUACAAGUGAAAACUUGCAGGCAGAUAGAUUGGAAUCAAAUUGAUGAGAGAGAAGCCACGGAAUAUUUAUGGAAAGAGGUUGAAGCUCUAUCGUGUUUAGAUCCACCACAUUUAUCUGAACAAGUGUUUACUAAUAUUAAACCAUUUCCAACGACUGAGGGUGAUGUUUUGAAAGAGGAGAUCUCAUGGUUAAACGAAGAAUAUUAUAAAGACCAACAAGAGAAUUCACUCUUCUGUUUCGGUUCGCAUUCUACCUUAUUUACUCCCGAAACUCUCAUUGCUGGAGUGCAUUUGAAAACACUUACUGCUAAAAAUAAAUAUCCAGUACAGCAUGAAAAUCAAACCAAAGCAGAUAGUCAUGGUCAUCCACGUGGUAGCCCACAAUAUAGUCCGUUAUAUGACCGUUAUCAACCACCCGACACAAGAUUACCACAACUGCUGGGCCACCAUCAAUAUUUGAAGAGAUCCCGUACCAUUUUACCUACAAGGUUUAUCUUCUCCAAUGGUGUCUUAACAGAUGCUCACAUGCUGGUUGGAAAUGAGGGAAAGGACAUUGAUAGUUUUCACGAAACAGGCGGACAUCCCCAAAAACAACAACUGAAAUGUGAAAAGCCAAUUGAUCCAAAUAAUAAUAAAGAUGAUUCUUUGAAUCGUGGGACUUUGGUGGUUGAACCCAGAAGACCAAAGAAUGGGUUUAUGAGAUAUUCUAUCGCUUGUAGACAGAUUAUAGCAGCUGAAAGACCUAAACUGGAUAAUCGUGAAAUAUCACGAAUUUUGGGAUCUAGGUGGAGAAAAAUGUCUGCCGAGGAAAGAAAACCUUAUGAACUGGAAUUUGCAAAAGAUAUCGCAGCAAUUCGGGAACAAAAUCCAGAUUGGAGAUACGCUCCAGCGAAAAGGUUCACAGCCGAAUUAGUUGAACCUAUGCCAAGUAGGCUGAGACCAAGAGAGAAAUUGAAAAGAAAUAUUCCAGCUCUAGUUCGGCCAUACAGACGUAAACGACCCAGAAUUUAUAAAACUAAAGACGAUCUUUCAACAGCUUUAGUUCAGUGUAGUAGUUGUGGUAAAUGGAGAAAACUACCAUCCUGUGUAAAACUAUCUGAUAUUGAUUCCAACUGGAAAUGUGAGAUGAAUCCGGAUGUAGUAUAUAAUGCAUGUUGGAUACCAGACGAAUGGAUUAUAUCUAGAACCUCACCAUCAACUUCACCGUCAACAAAAUCUCAAUCUAUUGAUGUUAAACCAACCAAUAAUUCUCAACAUAACCAAAAUAAUUUUUACAAUAACUGCAAAGAGUCUUAA